AAGGAAUCAAUUAAAAAUGCAGGACUAUAUUAUUGCUGCUAUUUUCAUUGCUGUCGGUAUAUACUUCUUCUUCCUCAGGAAGUCAGAGGAUGAAAUGAACCUCGAAGAAGGUGACAUGAUUGUCGACCCAACCUCCCUGAAGGCCGCUGGUGAGGAAGAACUAGAUCCAAGCAUCACUAAAGAGUAUAAUGUUCCUAAAGGAGAUUUAUCAAAUCUGACUGUACCAGAAAAUUUUCCACAAGAAAUCGAAAUUUACUUCGGCUCUCAAACUGGAACUGCUGAAAAGUUCUCCAGAAUCCUUGAAGAGGAGGGAAAUGACCUUGGGAUCAUAGCAAAAGUUGUAGAUAUGGAAGACUUCGACAAGGAGGAGUUCAAAGAUGUUGAGCUCGCCAUUUUAGUUGUUGCCACUCAUGGUGAAGGAGAUCCUACUGACAACGCCCUCAGAAUGCAUACCUGGCUCAAGAAAAAUGCUAAGAGUAAAGAGUCAGAUCUUAUCAAAGGAGUCAACUAUUGCGUAUUUGCUCUUGGAGAUAGUGAAUACGAAAAAUAUUGUGCUUCCGGAAUCUUUUUCGAUCAAAAGUUAGAAAUUAUUGGAGGAAAGAGAGUAUUUGAACUUGGUACAGGAGACGCCACAAAUGAUCUUGAAACUGAUUUUGCUACAUGGAAGACCAAACUAUGGCCAGCACUGAUUGAGCACUGGGAGAAGCUAGGACCAGUCGAAGGAAUGAAGAAAAAGGCUUCAUCAAAGCCUAAAAAGCCAAAGGUUAAAUAUCCACUAGUAAUGGGGGAUCCAGAAGAAGUAAAUGAAGAGCAUCCUAUCCAACCAUUAUGCAUCAGACAAUAUGUAGGAGGUAAAGAUGUUAAGAUCCACUCUAUGAGAGAGUUGAGACAAACUAGCAAAUAUGGAUCAUGCUUGGAGAUCAUAUAUGACUUAGAAGGAACUGGAAUAGAGUACCAGACAGCAGCCAACUUAGCAGUCUUUCCAGAAAACAACGAGAGUGACGUGGAAAGAAUAGUGAAUAGAUUUAAUCUUGUAAAGGAUAAAAGCUUUGUCUUUAAAAAUGCGGAAGGGGAUGAUGAGAAGAGAAAGCAUCCAUUCCCAACUCCAUGAACUGUUGGUGAGGCAUUAACUAAGUAUUGCGAGCUUAGAGGUCCACUAGAUAGAAAGAUUUUCAAAGACUUAAGCCAAUACGCUACAGAAGAAGAGGAUAAAAAGGAAUUAGAGCGUCUUAGUGGAAAUGACGCUGGUGCGGAUAUUGAAACAAUGAAGCAAGAGUUUACCAAUAUUAUAGACAUAGUUGAAGAGUAUAAGUCAAUCGAUAUCCCAUGUGCUGUUCUCCUUCAACUUCUUCCAAAGAUGAUGCCUAGAUACUACACUAUUGCUUCAAGUGCAAAGUUAAGUCCGACUAAAGUCAGAAUCGCCAUCAGUUUGAGCAACUAUAAGUCUCCUAAAGGGAAAGAAUUCUUUGGAAUAACUUCUGAAUAUCUGAAUAGGAUUUUUAAAAGUGGAUUUGAUACUGGCUCUUCUCCAGAAGUAGUCUCCAGAAUAUUUAUUAAAGACUCUCUCUUCAAGUAUCCUGAAGAUCCUGCUACUCCAGUAGUCAUGGUCGGUCCUGGAACUGGUGUUGUCCCCUUCAUUGCAUUUGCUGAAGAGCGUCAAGAACUUAUCGCCCAAAAUCCAGAUGUCGAGCUCGGCUCUGCCACUCUCUACUUCGGUUGCAAAGAAGAUAAUGAGGACUACAUCUACAAGGAUGAAUUACUCCAAUACAGGGAGGAUAACAGAAUCACUAAGGUCUACGAGGCUUUCUCUAGACAACAAGAAAAGAAGGUAUAUGUACAAGACCUUAUUAGAGAAAACUUCGAUGAAAUCAGAGAAGCCAUCGUCAACAAGAACGGUCAGUUCUUCAUCUGAGGAGCUAUGGAGAUGGGUAAGGCAGUUGAAAAGAUACUAGAAGAGAUCCUUGGCGAAGAAGGAGAAGAAUACUUGAAACAGAUGAAGAAUCAGAAGAGAUUUGCUAAAGAGCUUUGGAGUGCAUAGUAGGAUUAGUACUAUUUCUAUUAGAAUAA